GGAGAGACGACUCCAUCCAUCUGAGGCUAGCGUAUAUCGUCAGCUCUUUCACCAUCUGCCUAUCUUGCGCAUAAUACGAACGUUUGGCGUAGUGUGUUUUUCGGGGUUGCAAUCAUUUUGUGCAAACAGUUCACGAAAUUCGAGAACUUGCUUCUCACUCACGUUACAGUCGAUACCAACCGUGCACCUCUCACCGGCAGCCAGUCCCCACUGCUCGCCUGUGCCAGGUGUCUAGAGGCUAACGUGCAAGGAUGUUAGUUCGGCUCUGUGUGUGAUCUACACAUUGAACCUUCAACUCGAAAAUACCUGCAUAAACGGUAGAUUGGACGAGGAAAACCAGGGGAGUUUCCUGCUGGCUAUGUCUCAGGCUCUGGAGCCAAGAACUCCAUGGUGAACUGAGGGACCACAGGCACAUCCAGUCAUGGGGCUCGGACAGUCCAGUAAGGCGCCCACGGCGGAGGACACUGAGGAGGUCAACUUUGACCACUUCCAGAUCCUUCGAGCCAUUGGGAAAGGGAGUUUUGGGAAGGUGUGCAUUGUUCAGAAGAAGGACACAAAGAAGAUGUACGCCAUGAAGUACAUGAACAAACUCAAGUGUGUGGAGAGGAACGAGGUGCGCAACGUCUUCAAAGAGCUGCAGAUCAUGCAGAACCUGGAGCACCCAUUCCUAGUCAACUUCUGGUACUCGUUCCAGGAUGAGGAGGACAUGUUCAUGGUGGUGGACCUGCUUCUGGGAGGUGACCUGCGCUACCACCUGCAGCAGAACGUGCACUUCUCCGAGUCCACCAUCAAGCUGUACGUCUGCGAGAUAGCCCUGGCUCUCCAUUACCUGCGCAACAAGCACAUCAUCCACAGAGACAUCAAGCCAGACAACAUUUUACUGGACGAACAUGGUCACGUCCAUUUGACGGACUUCAACAUCGCCGCUGUGGUGAAAGAGGACCUUAAAGCCUGUUCUAUUGCCGGAACCAAGCCAUACAUGGCCCCAGAGCUUUUUCAGCCCUUUGAGGGGACCCAUCCCGGAUACUCGUUUGCAGUGGACUGGUGGUCACUGGGGAUCACGGCCUAUGAGCUUCUCAGAGGACAGAGACCCUACGUGAUGCGCUCCUGCACCCCAGCCAAUGAGAUCAUGCAGACGUUCCACAAGGUUCACCCAAGCUACCCCGCAGCCUGGUCUACAGAGAUGAAGUCUCUGUUCAGAAAGCUAAUAUGUAUUGACGCGGCCAAGCGGAUGUCCAGCCUCUCUGAGCUUCAGGAAAUGGACUACCUCGCCGACGUCAACUGGGACGCUGUCCUGAGCAAACAGAUUUCCCCCGCGUUUAUCCCCAAUAGACGGCGUUUGAACUGUGACCCCACGUUUGAGCUGGAGGAGAUGAUUCUGGAGUCCAAACCACUGCACAAGAAGAAGAAGAGACUGGCCAGGAAGACCAGGGACAACGGCUCCGAUGGGUCACCACAGAAUGGUCAGCUCCAGCAGCGUCUGGAUAACGUGGAGAGGGACUUCAUCAUCUUCAACAGAGAGAAGCUGAGGAGAGCCAAGACGGACACUGAGGAGAACGAGCAGCUCAUGAAGGAGAAGGUGAAGGCUGCCAUCGAGGAUGGACAGAACAACAACGUUGACGCCCCUGCAGCAUGCCCUUCUGAAUAGGCCUCCAGGCCAACAGAUGGAGCUGUUUUCUCUCUGACUUUGCCACACCCUGUAGUCUGGAACAUCUCUCCCCUUCAGCGUCCUUCCUAUUGUCCUCCUCCUCCCCCUUCUGCUCCUCCUUUAGCCCUCAAAACACACACACACACACACACACACACACACACAUCCAGACGUGAGAAGGGACACUGGUGUUGUGCAAAAUCCUGGAUUAGGGCAGAAUGAGUCUUUUACUUCUAUUCCCCCUUUUCUUCUUCCUCUUCUUCUGGAUCGAGGAGCUGAGGUAGCUUGGACUCUGGUAGCGAGGAUCCUCUGUAGCCAGUGGGUGCAGUGCUGUGCAGCCUCACUCCCUGACACCUUAAGAGAUGUGCCACUAGCGACAAACAUAAGCACCCUUGGGUUUUAGCCUCGUUGCGAGCAUGCUGGCCUCACAUUACGUGCAUGGUGUUCGCGGGUCUGGUGCGGGACUGUUCUUGUCUACACAACGCAGGUCACAUCAGCAUGCCAACGCCUUUCUCCUUGCCUUUCUUGUGUUCUGGAGAAGAAACGAAACAGUAGCCCAUCCCAGCAGCCUGACAACCAUGGACAAUCCAGCCUGUGCAUAAACACAUACACACACACAGAGAGAUACAGAUACACACAUACACACAUACACACACACACACACACACAGAGACACAUACGUACACACACACACACACACACACACAGAUAUACACAUCAGACACAGUGAUUGCUUGAUGGAAGAUGGAAAGCUUUAGACUUUUGAGGAGGAGCCAGUGCAGCAGUGGACGUCUGUGAACUCUGUUAACUCCCGUUCAGUCUAAGCUGGUCGCGGGGGAGACGAGGAGGACACGUGAGCCGUGUGUGUCUUCGCAGUAAAAGAAACGUGAUUUAAUUUACAAACGAAUGGGCCUUAACGUGCCUCAGACCCUUACAGAAGUUGCUGACAUACGCUCUCUACAGUUCAGUGACCUCCGCACUCAUCAGCUGUAUGUUUGUGUUUGUCUUCGCUACACAAUGAGGUAUGUCUUUCUCUGUGGAUGGUAAUACUUCACUUGAACUCAACCUCCAGCCCUUCAUAAGACUGAUACAACCUUGUCAUAAGCAUACAUUAUUGGAGGUUGGCAUCACACUCCUUCUACAGCCACAUACUGUAAACUUUGUUAUUUGUGAAAACAAAUAAAAAAUAAUAUGCUUUUUUCGCUUAUAAGCAUGUUAUAGGCUAUAGACGUCAAUCAUGACAUUUUUAAUAGUCACUGUCAUUGGAAAUCAACUGUCAUCCUGACUAAUAACAGGAUAUGACAUCAACUGUGAUGUGUUUAUGACAAUGCUAUGUCUCUUAUGACCAGAGCCAUAUACGUAGAGUGUCACAUCAAUGGAGGUUCAAUAUUCUUGAUUCUAUUCUUGAUACACAUGAUUCAUGUAAACUUUAAAAAGCUCUGGAAGUUUGUGCUAUACUCUCUAUACAGCUCUGCUUAUGAUGGUGUGUUCAAGUAAAGUAUCACCCACUUUUACAUCUGCUGUAUUUCUAUACAAUGCAGAUCCUGAGGGCUAAUGUCGCCCCAUCCCCCACCCACCCACCCACCUCUGUCUUAUUGAGGUGUACCCAUCCCUGUUCUGUUGAGGUGUUCCCAUCCCUGUCCUGUUGAAGUGUUCCCACUCCUGUUGAUGUGUUCCCAUCCCAUCCCUGUUGAGGUGUCCCCACUCCUGUUGAGGUGUUCCCAUCCCUGUCCUGUUGAGGUGUCCCCACUCCUGUUGAGGUGUUCCCAUCCCUGUCCUGUUGAGGUGUCCCCACUCCUGUUGAGGUGUUCCCAUCCCUGUCCUGUUGAGGUUUUUCGUGUUGCCUUAUGCCUAUGAAAGGCAUGCCAUAUACUAACCCAAGACUUAGUCAUGUGCAGUUCAUAUAUGCCCUGCUGUCAUGUGUGCACUUUAGACAAGAGCUUUAGCGUUGUGGCCACUGUAGGGCUUUAUUCCACAGAGAGUAAGCUAGUAACCCAAUUCCAGGCAUUGCCAGUCACUUUGUGUUUUACUCUUUUAUUUAUUUGUUUUGUGUUUUUAGAGGAACUUCAAAAGUAGUCUCUGAAGGAAAUAGAUGUUUAAUAGAAAAGAAGAAUCUGACUUUUGUAGCGUGUUCAUUUCUAUUCAUGUAGCCACAUGGAUGUUAAUUUCACAGUGUAAAGUCAUACAGUCAGACAGAUGAAAUGUGCAUAAGAAGAUUUUGAGAUGUGUGCCUUAGCCUGUGUGUGUGUGUGUGUGUGUGUGUGUGUGUGUGUGUGUGUGUGUGUGUGUGUGUGUGUGUGUGUGUGUGUGUGUGUGUGUGUGUGUGAGAGAGAGAGCGUGCGUGUGUAUGUGUGUGUUGGUGUGCCGUGCAGCAUUCUAAUCAUGAAUCAUGGCAGGUGUGUGUGUCUGCUGUCUGAGUCUGCGUCCUCACACAAAGGUCACUCUUCACUUCCUAUUUUCUUCAUUGAGACUUGUAAACAAACACCCACCAGAGUCAUUGAAAUUCAAAAGAAGUUCAGAGAUAUUUGUGUUCACACAUGAUAGUGGCACAUGAUAAUACUCAACUGACAGCCCUCUGUCAUAAGACUGGCAGAAAUGUCAGAUGCCAUUUACUCAUGAUUUUAUUAAGUACUGUAAUGUUCUUUAAUAUGAAGUCUUAUAUUAUUUUUAUUAUGUGAUGUUAUUUUUGCUACUUUGUCAGCUUAUUGCCAUUGGUAUAUACUGUUAUGGCAUCCAAUACUGUAAAAGGUUUCAUGUGACACAACUGACAUAACUUGUGAUUCUUUUCUAACAUGAUGAAUGAUAGUUAAUGGCUGUGUCCUAUGAUGGAUGGUUCAAGUAAAGUGUUUACCUGCAGUCUUUGACUCAUGUUAGACAGUCAGAAAGCAUGAUGGCAUUGUUAGGCUAUUAGUCCAUAGAGAACACAAUGUAUAUCACUCAGACAUCUUACAUGUGGGUUUGAUAUCAACUGUGCAGAGAAUAUUUCCUUUUGUUUAUUGAUAUUUUCCUCAUUUAUUUGGGGAAAACUAAGUAAGAUGUAUAACAUGGAGGGCUCCACAUGACGUUGCAGUCUUUAUCAGAGUUUUUUUCCACUAUUUGUCAAACAUGCUUCAGGAAUCAUGCAGCACUCUGACCCUGAAGCAUUGGUUUAGUAUUUGGGCCAUGCAGCAUAGGUCAACUGAGGAGGUGAAUCACAACAUCACUGUGUAAAUGUGUCUCAGAAGGGAGAAAUAUCCUGAAAUCAAUGACUAAACAUAUGAGAAGUGGUCAACAUAACUGUGUUUGGAUUCUCACUGUGUAACUCACUUUAGAUGUUUGUGUUGCCGUGUACUGUGUUCCUGUUUAGUUAUGAAAUACUGCCAUCUAGUGGCGAGUGUGGGCUUCUCUGAUUUAUUUUCCAGCAGUGUGCUUUACUUUCAAGGGCAGAGUCAUUUUCCUUGCCAGAGAUCCUGAGCGGACCUGGAUUUAGUACCGCUUUAAAUGUUCUCUCAUAAAAUAAAAUAAAAUAUUGUGUUUUCGCA